AUGAAACUAAUCAAAAAGGGCAGAAGACGCAAUAAUAGGAAACCAAGAUUAUUAUUGAAAGUUCAUGUGGUACAAGUUCGUAAUAUUAGAUUAUUCAAGGACUUCAAGUGCAAUCCUGUUUGUUUGGUUGUCACGAACGCUGUAUAUGGGGAUAAGACUAGUACGCUGCGAAAUGGAAGGUUAAAAUGGGACGAAAGAGUGAAAUUGAAGCUGCCCUUACAUCCUAGAAGCGAGUGGUUAAGAUUUAUUGUAUACGAUUCACUGUCACAAGCUCCAACCGUAACACAAUCAGACUACGAUUCGGGAAGCUCUUCUGCUGUUGCUAAUGCCGAUCGAUCCAGUAUAUCAUUGUCAUCAUCUUUUGCGAGCAAUGGUGCUAAAAGAGCAGAAGGCUCGGCAGUCAGCAGUUACUCCAAUACUAGAUCUGCUUCCUCAAUACCGUCCUCAUCAGCAAGGAACAAAAUAUCGCAAACCACUGGCAGGUACUUAUAUGUUGGUGAGGCAAAAAUUUCGCUAUUAGAAUUAUUCAAACGAAAUGAUACGGCCACGAGUUAUAAGUUUCUGGUAGAACCGAAAUGGUAUAAAUUGUACGACAAAAGACUCCAGAGAUUUUAUAAGGAUAAAACUGAAUCCACUUAUGCUAUUGGACAAAUUCAAUUAGGGUUCGUUCUAACAUCAAGUUCAAGAAAGGUAAGCACAAUUCACGCCUACAAUAAUUGGAAAAAUAGUUUAACUGCUGUAUUGGAAUACAAAAGAAAUAUGAAAAAGAGCAAAACUCCUCCAAAACUAGUACUGAAAUCUCAAUUCUCUUCCGAUUCUCAAGAAUCUCUCUUCAGAAAGGCAAGCAAUGCUGGAGAUUCAAGUGAUUAUGAUACAGCUGACUAUAAGGAAUCUUUCAUGUGCUCUAGUGAAAAUGAAGUAUCAGAGAAUGACGAAGUUGAAGAUAUGGAUACCGAAUAUGAGCUUUUUGCAGAAGUUGGAUCUCUUGACAGUGAAAUUGUAGACGUUGAUGAUAUUGACUUUGAUGAUGCUGAUGCAAUAAAAGAUUAUGAACAAGGCGUAGACACUUCUUCUACAUUGCCAAUAUUUUCUGGAUAUUAUGACGACGACGACGGUGAUGACGACGGUGAAAAUGAAAACAUCGGUGAAAUUGAUGAUGUUGAUGAUGAUAAUGAUAAUGAUGAUGAUGACGAUGAUGAUAAUAAUGAUAACGAAGAUGACGAGGAUGACGAAGAUGACGAAGAUGACGAAGAUUUCGAUUCUGAAUACGAUGAUAUAGAUCCAGAGGUUGUUGGUACUCUCUCACAAGUGUCUUUGGUAGAUAAUGAUUACGAAGGUGAGUCUGAUUCAGAUCCUGCGGACAUUCUAGAGGAGGAAGUAUUAUAUGACUCAGAAGAUGAUGAAGAUGAGGCAGAAAGUUAUUAUGAUGAAGGAACUGACAAUGUAAGGAUGAAAAAUGUCGGCGGUAGAUUAAGACGUCUACGAAGAAAAAAAAGGGAAAAACACCUGCCGUUGAACUAUGCUAGGCACAUGCCGAACUUUAAACUUUCUAAAAAAUCUCACGCAGCGGGGGUUGUUUUUGUGGAAUUCAAAGAAAUCAAACAUUUGCCAUCAUUAAGAAAUAGAGUCUCACGAAAAAGUUAUGACAUGGACCCUUUCGUUGUUGCUACGUUUGGAAGAAGAGUUUUCAAAACUUCUUGGAGAAAGCACUCGCUUAAUCCAGUUUUCAAUGAAUGCGCAGCUUUUGAAGUGUUUCCCGAAGAAUAUCAUUUCACUUUCCAUUUUAAUGUUAUGGACAAGGAUUCAUUUUCUUACAACGACAAAGUUGCUCAUUGCGAAUUAGCAUGGUCAGAAAUAAUAACGAGACAAAAUGACAGUCAAGACUGGUGUGUGUAUGAACUACCACUGAAAUUGGCGAUUAAUACUAGAAAAAUUGAGAAUCCCAUCCUAUCUUUGAGAAUCAGAUAUGCGCGUUACUCCAUGCUAAAAAGUUUUUUCUGGCAAAAAGCUGUAUCUUUGACUACCAAUCGUGAUUCAUUCAACAUUGUUGAUCUCACAUUAUAUUUGGAUAAAUUAGGAUCCUUUCCGGUUGAUGAAAUUUGUGAAAUUUUCAGAUAUUUUUAUAGACAGCCGUGGGCCGGAAAAACAAUUAAUAAAGAAGAACUGAUAAAAUAUCUGCAAAUAUUGAAAAUAUCAGCAGGCUUCUGGAACGUAUGGAGAUGCCCCAAAUGCUUUAGGUCAUGCAAACCAACUCGUAAUGCCAUGAAUUCUAAGUUGGUGCUCGAAAAUGACCUUAUCACUCAUUUCGCAAUUUGUUCGUACCGCGGCAAAUGUAAAUUACUGAAACCAUCGUAUGUUUCUUCAGAUUUUGCUUCCAAAAGAUGGUUCACCAAGGUAUUGAUCAAACUUACUUAUGGGAAGUAUGCAGUAGGUUCUAAUAAUGCAAAUAUCCUUGUUCAAGAUAGAGAAACUGGAAUAAUUAUUGAGGAAAAAAUUAGUGCACAUGUUAAAUUGGGUAUGAGGAUCAUUUACAAUGGAAAAGGUAUAGAGUCGAAAAAAUUCAGAUCUUUGUUGAAGUCCCUAUCUAUAAGGCAAGGUAAAAAGUUUGACGAUGCAUUAUCGAUCAAACAAAUUGAUCCAUUCAUCAAGUUUCACUCUUUGAAUAUGAGCCAAUGUGAAGAAACUACCUAUAAAACCUUUAACGAGUUUUUUUUCAGAAAGUUGAAGAAAGGAUCUCGAGUUCCAGAAGGUGAUCAUAAUAUAUUUCUUUCACCAGCAGACUCAAGGUGUACUUUAUAUUCAAGUAUCCACCAAUCAAAAGAAAUUUGGAUUAAGGGCAGUCAGUUCACAUUGGCUAGACUAACAAAAGGCUACAAGCCGGAGAUGUUCAAUGAUCGUUCUUGUAGCAUUGGUAUAUUUAGGUUGGCUCCACAAGAUUAUCACAGGUUUCAUUCUCCUUGCAAUGCUGUUGUAGGUAAACCAAUUUAUAUCAAUGGAGAGUAUUAUACAGUGAAUCCAAUGGCUAUUCGCAGCUCUUUAGAUGUUUUUGGAGAAAAUAUUAGGGUAAUAAUACCCCUCGAAUCACCUGAAUUUGGUAGUAUCCUAUGCAUUGCAAUUGGAGCAAUGAUGGUGGGUUCCAUCUUACUUACAUGUAGAGAAGGUGGCUUCGUAAAGCGUGGUGAAGAGAUUGGGUACUUCAAAUUUGGAGGUUCGACUAUUGUGAUUGUGGUAUUAUCUAGAAACAUUACUUUUGACGCGGAUUUACUCAAGAAUUCUGUUGAUGGAAUUGAAACCUUGGUCAAAGUUGGUAUGAGUGUUGGACACUCUCCUAAGGUCGCUGAACAUGUGAGAGAAAGAAAAAAGAUCACCAAUCCGGAACAUAUCGAAAGAAUUAAAAGAGCUAUAAGCGUCAAUGACGAACACGUCGAGAUGUUGGGAAGUGCCAAUUGGGAAUAUCACACUUUGAAAAGGCUUCUUACAUCGGAGUAUUCAGAACCAACCUCCUCCGUUGGUCACUUAUCGAAUCAUAAUGCCAGUAAAUCCUCCUCACCACAUGCAACAAGCUUAUCCUCCAACGGAAGGGAUCAUCCUAACUGA